AUGCUUUUUUUUGUAGGAAUCGUUUUAUCAUAUCAUAGUUGUUGUACGACUGCUAAAACUGCGUGCUCGCUUUACUCGAGAAAGAGAAUCCUCGACGACUCCGACGCGGCGGCAGAGACGGCGGCGGCAGAGACGAUGCGGGCGACCGUCGUCGCGUCUCGCGCGGCGGCGCGAGCGCCGUGCGAGCGCAUGACGCGCGCGCGCGCGCCGUGGACGCGACCGCCGCCGCGCGCCGCCGCGAGAGCGCUCCGACGCGCGGCGGAUAAAGCCUCGCGGACGUCCGCGAGAGUCGGCGCCGGACGUGGUCCUCCGCGAGAAUCCGCGUCCGCGUCCGCGCCCGCGUCCGCGACGUCGUCGUCGUCGCCGUCCGACGACGACGACGACGACGACGACGCGCGCAUACCCCGCGCCGAGGCGCUGCGACGCACGGACGCGGUCCUCGCGCAGGCCGACGCGCCGCCGAACGACGUGCUGCGGGCGAUUGCGAGCGCGUCGGACGCGUCGGGCCUCCCGCCCGAGCGUUGCGUCUGGGUCGUGCGCCUGUGGGGACACGCGUCCAGGCGGUGGUCGCUGCCGGAGAUGCUCGCCGCGCUGCGCCUCCUCGACGGCGCGGACGCCGCGGAGCUGAUACGGCUCGUCGGGAGGAACGGCGCGCACGCGAGCGCGCGAGGGAUCUAUCGCGAGGUGGCUGCGCCGGAGAAUGCAUCCUGGCGCGCGCGGCGAGAAAACGCCGGCGGCGCGACGCUCGUCGCGAUGGCGUGGACGAACGACGCGACGCGCGGGCGAGGCGACGACGCGGACGCGAUGUGGGAGGAGCUGCACGAGAUGGCGCGGAGAGGGGACGUGGACGUGGACGCGAUUCGACGGGCGGGAGGCGGCGGCGGCGGCGGCGGCGGCGGCUCGGAGAACGGGCGUUCGCAUUCGCCGCGGCGACGACGCGCGGAGGUUUUCGCGCUGGAGAUCGCGUCCAAAUCGCGGAAGCGGCCUCGCGCCGCGGCGGAGGCGUACGACAAGUUCAGAAACGGCGAGGGCGACGGCGAGGGCGAGGGCGACGACGAGGGCGGCGGAUCGGCGAGGCGAACGACGACGCGGGCGUCGACGUGUUCGACACGGCCGAUUCGUAUGGCACGGUGCGCGAGACUGCUCCCCAUACGACCGCGUUCGCGUGGUGCACGCCGUUCCUUGAGGACUUUUCCCGUCGUCACUCUUCACCCGCGCUUCCCUUUCAACGUUUGA